AUGGAUUCGGGGAGAGCUGAUGUCAGCAUGGGGUUUGUGGAGGCGGAGGAUUUCGGGCAGCACGUGGACUUGACGCAGCGGAUUCGCGAAGUGCUCGCGAAUUACCCCGAGGGUACCACGAUUCUCAAGGAGCUGAUUCAGAACGCCGACGACGCUGGCGCUUCCAAGGUGUCCUUCUGUCUGGACCAUCGCACUCACGGCACGGCGUCGCUCGCCUCCACGCCUCUCGCCCAGUUCCAGGGCGCUGCGCUGCUCGUGCACAACGACGCUGUUUUUUCGGAUGAGGAUUUUGCAAGCAUCUCACGGGUGGGAGACAGCGGCAAGCGCAAGCAGUCCUGGAAGACGGGCCGAUUCGGCAUCGGAUUCAACUCAGUCUAUCAUCUCACGGACCUCCCCUCUUUUGUCAGCCGUCAGUUCGUCACUUUCUUCGACCCGCACUGCGCCUACCUGCCCCGUGUCUCCGCAGCCAAUCCGGGCAAGAGAAUAGAUUUCGUCGCUGCCCGAGCGGUGAUGGCAGCGCAGCGGGACCAGUUCUCCCCGUACUGUGCAUUCGGGUGCGACAUGCAGAGGCCGUUUGCGGGGACGCUGUUCCGGUUUCCGCUGCGGACGGAGGAGCAGGCGGGGAAGAGCAAGCUGUCACGGCAGGCGUACAAUGCAGCUGACAUGGCGGCUCUGUUGAGGGAGUUUGAGCCGAUCACUGCUCUUCCUCAAGCACGUGGAGCGAGUGGACGUGUUGGAGUGGCAUCAGGGAGCGUUUCGAGAACCCUGUUUCUUCCCUUCCUCCCGGUGCUCACCCCCCCGUCUUUCCAGGCUGAAGCAGUCUCCUCUUUGCUCUUCCUCAAGCACGUGGAGCGAGUGGACGUGUUGGAGUGGCAUCAGGGCGCCACCGCCCCCGCACCUCUCUUCUCCUGCCGCAUCUCCUCCCCCGACUCCCCCCUCCGCUUCCACCGCCAAGCCUUCUCCCGCCUCGCGCGCCCUGCUGCUGCUUCUGGUGCUACUGCUGGUGCUGCAGCGCCUGGGGCGUCAGGGGCUGGAGGGGGGGCAGGGUCAGGGGUGAUUUUCAGUGAGAAGGACAGCACGGAUUUUUAUGAGAUUGGGUUCGUUUGCGAGUCGUUUUCCCCGGGAAGUGCCCCUGAAACUGCUGGAGGGACUAAGGAGGCGGCUGGGGUGGGUGAGAAGGGGGGAGGGAGGAGGGAGGAGCGGUACUUUGUGUCUCAGAGGAUGGGAGGGGCGUUGGGUGCGGUGGGGCGCAUGGCAAGGCGAGCAGCGGAGGAGUAUGAUAUUCACCUGGUGCCGUGGGCGUCUGUGGCUGCUAGAGUGGGCUGUGAAGGAGACACACCAGACGCACCGGACGCCUCUUUCCAGGGCCGGGCCUUCUGCUUCCUGCCUCUCCCAGUGCGCCCCAACCUCCCAGUGCACAUCAACGGCUACUUUGAGCUCUCCUCCAAUCGCCGAGAUAUUUGGUUUGGCGAGGAUAUGGACAGAGCAGGCCGCCUUCGCUCCCAGUGGAACGCCGCCCUGCUGCAGCUCGUUGCCGCCCCGGCGUACCUUGAUCUGAUUCUCGAAGCCGCCCAGCGAAUCGGGCCGCGAGCGGAGUAUUUUGGACUGUUUCCCGCGGGCCCCACCUCGGAGCCCUGGCUUGGGAUGGUCGGGCAGCUGUACAAAAGUGUCCACAGGGGAUUGGAGAACAGAGAGGACGCGUUACUGCUGUUAGAGUAUUGUUUAGGGGAUGUGGUAGAUGAUGAAGCUGCAGAGGAGCUGGAUGGGCUUUUGCUGGUUCCUCUGGCGAAUCAGAGCCUGGGGAGGUUUGAGAGAGUGGGGGUAGUUGGGAGAGAAAUAGUUGUAGCUGCGUGGGAGAGAGGAGGGGAGGGGGAGAGAGGAGGAGGAGGAGGAGGAGGAGGAGGAGGAGGAGGAGGAGGAGGAGGAGGAGGAGGAGGAGGAGGAGGAGGAGGAGGAGGAGGAGGUGGAGGAGGAGGAGGAGAGGGAGGGGAGAGGUGGAAGGGGAGGAGGAGUGUGGAGUAUGAGUUACUAAAGGACAGGGCGGGAGGGAGAGUAGUGGACCUAAUGGGUUCCCUGCUUCCCCCCGACUGGUUCGGACAGGACGAGGUUCCCUGGUUCGGCAGCGUCUCCGAACCUGCUGGUUCGGGGAAGCGCGCACUUUCAGCGGCUGUGGCGCCGCCGUCUGUCCGAUGGGUCGGGCUUCUUUGGCAGUAUCUGGCUGCCAGCUGUAAGGAUUUGACCGCGUUUUCCGGUUGGCCGCUGCUGCCGACGAAACAGAAGACACUGUGUGCGCUGGAGAAGGGACGGUCUAGGGUGAUUUUGGUUGAGGAGGAGGAGGGGGUGGAGGGGGUGGAGGGGGAGGGGAAGGAGAGAAAGGACGAGGGCGAGGGGAAGGAACGGGUUUUGUCGGCAGGUGGCGGUUUUCAUGCAAUUUCGGGGUUGCUGGUGAGGCUGGGCUGCCGUAUUCUCUGGAGGAAACUCCCUUCUGGUGUGGCGGAGGUGGGGCAUGUGGGCGAGGGUGGGGAUGUGCAGGGGGAAGCUGUGAAUGGGGAGGCUCUGCAGGUGGCGCAUCCGCAUCUGCACGAGUUUGUGCGGCCAGCCACAGGGGCAGGUGUGUUGGACGCUCUGCAGUCAGCAGCAGACUGGCAUGGAGUGCCCUUUGCCAUGCUCUUCCAGAUGGCUGAGACCGCUCUUGAUAAAGGUUCUCCUUCUGCUGCUGCUCCUCCUGGUGCUGCUGGUGCCCGUGGUGGUGGUGCUGCUGGUGUGGCUGCCCCAGCUGGUAGGACAGCUUCGGGUGGCUUGCUGUCCGAGGCUGCAGUCGAGGCUCGGCGGCAGCUUCGGGAGUUCCUGUGCUCGCCGCAGUGGUACGCUGGGAAUGCAAUGACGGAGGCUCGGCGCGUGCGGAUCUUCAAGUCUCUGCCCAUCUUCGAGCGCUAUCUGGCACCCUCAGGGGUGGAACCAGCCCUGCUAGGCGAGUCCUUCCUUUGCCCCUCAGACGACCGCGAGGCUGCAGUGCUCUCCCGCGCCCUCGCCAUCCCCACGCUCCCCCGCCCGGCGUUUUUCAAGAUGCAGGUGCUCGCUAGGGUCCAAACGCUGCCGCCCGGGCUGCGAAACAGGACGAUGCUUGCCGUGCUGCAGGAGCUGCCGCAGCUGUGCACUGCGGAUCCGGGGUUGCGGGAUGUGGUGGCGAAUCUGGCGUUUGUGCCAGCGUGGGAUGGGAAAGGGGAUGGGCGACAGCAGCACAAGGUGCAGCAGCAGGAGGAGGUGGAGGGAGGGGAAGUAGCAGGCGCAUCAGCAGUAGGAGCAGCAGGAGGGCCAGGUGCGGCAGGUGCACCUGAGAUGGAUUCAGAUGUAGGAAAUGAGACGCUUUGCCGCCCAGUGGAUCUCUAUGAUUCUCGCAACCCCGAGCUCUGCCACCUGCUUCAAGGAAUGGCUGGCAACUGGUUCCCCGCCGCCCCGUUUUCGUCCUCUUCUGCCCUUGAGAUGCUACUCAGCGUGGGGCUCCGCAGUGCGGUUACCACCGAAACCAUUCUCAGCUGUGCUCGCGCUGUGGAGAGCAUUGCCGCUACAGAUGCGGCUGUAGCGCGGGUGCGCGGACGGGUUCUUUUGUCCUAUCUGGACGUGAACGCGGCAAGAUGGGUGCCUGUGGCGCAGGGGGGAAGCGCAGGGGCAGGGGGGGUAGGGGGGAGAAGAGGCAUGGGGGGCGGAGGCGGGGGAGGGGGAGGAGGGGGAGGGGCAGGAGGGGGUAUGUUUGCACGUGUAUCGAGCCUGUUCCAGAGCAGUGAAGCAGCGGAGGAGGCUCAGCGCGCAGCAGCUGAAAUGGCCUCGUUUUGGAACGAGCUGACCUCGAUCUCCUGGUGCCCUGUGCUCGUUCCCUCCCCUGCCCCGCCCUUCCUGCCUUGGCCAAGGGGAGGGGAGGCAAAUGCAAGUAGCGAGGAAGAAAACGUAUCAGGCGGGACAGGAGGUAAAGGGAGGGGAAGAGAGAGGGCAGACGAGUCUCGGCCUAGCCCCGUCGCUCCUCCUCGCAUCGUCCGCCCACAGAUCGACACCUGGCUUGCGUCAGCCAGCCUCCGGAUCCUGGACGGCGAGUGCCGCUCCACGCUGAUGUGGCACCAGCUAGGAUGGGCGCGGCCGCUGACGGGGAGUGUGCUGGCGGCGCAGCUGCUGGAGCUGGGGCGCGUGUGUGGCGCGGAGGUGGCGGAUAGGGGCGCGGGGAAGGCCCUGGCGGGGGCAGUGCCGAGGAUAUACACGAUGCUGUCGGACAUGCUGGGGCAGGAGGAGAUGGAGGUGGUCAAGGCGAUUCUUGAGGUGAGUGCUUCGCAGGGCAAGGUUUCCAGGAGGUGGGUGGGUCUGUCAGAGUACGGGCCGAUCUCCAUGGUGCUGCUCGUUAGAUAUGCUGGGGCAGGAGGAGAUGAAGGUGCGCAGGAGGAGGAGAUGAAGGUGGUGAGAGCCUUCUGUAGGUGGGUGUGGGUGGGAGACGGUUUCUGCUCGACCACAGAGUGCGCCUUCUCCGGUCCCAUCCACCUCGCCCCCUACCUGCGCAUCAUCCCCGCCGACCUUGCCGCCUUCCGAGACCUCCUGCUCGCCCUGGGGGUCCGCGAGUGCCUCUCGGGGAAUGAGUACGCCGCUGUGCUUGCGAGCAUCGCUAAAGACGCGCAAGGCCGCCCGCUCGCGCCGCGCCAGCUGGCGGCUGCUGUCUGGCUGGUGCAGCAUCUGGCGGAUCUGCAGUUUGAUUCCGGGGCGGCGGGCGGGGGAGGCGGGGUAGGAGCGGGCGGAGUGGGGGGUGGGGGAGGGGGAGGAGAAGGAGUGGGGGUUGUUGCGAGGGGAGGAGGGGGAGGGAGAGGAGGAGGCAUGGUGUAUGUGCCAGACGCACAGGGAAUUCUAGUGCAUGCCUGUGAGCUUGUGUAUAACGAUGCUCCCUGGUUACCCCAGUUCAUGCGCUCGACUCCCCACUCUCCUCCCUCCUCUCCUUCCGCCGCUCCUUCCGACGCUCCCUCCCCUCCCACUUCCACUCCCUCCUCUCACCAUGCCUCUGCGGCAAACCCAGGCUUCCCAAGCAGCCACGCAGGCUCGGCGGCACCGCCCGAACCUACCCUCCAGGUUCGGUUCGUCCACGCCAAGAUCUCCAACGACGUGGCAGACAGGCUCGGCGUCCGAUCCUUGCGUCGCCAGCUCCUAUUGGACAGCGGAGCAGCAUCCAUGGCUCUCUCCCUCCACGCCUCUGCCUCCUCCCUCUUCUCCCCCACAUCCCUAGCUGCUUCUACCGGGGCUGCUUCUAACGGGGAUGGGGUGGAGGCGUUCGGGCAGCACGAGGCUCUGACUACUCGUUUGAAGCACAUAGUGGAGAUGUAUCCGGAGGGGCCGGGGGUGCUCUGUGAGUUGGUGCAAAAUGCGGAUGACGCCGGCGCGAGGGAAGCGGCGUUUCUUCUGGAUCACUCCCGAUUCGGCGCUUCUUCAGUGCUCAGCCCGCGAAUGGCUGACUGGCAGGGGCCGUCUCUGUAUGCUUACAACGAUGCUGUGUUCUCGGAUCGCGAUUUGAUUGCGAUCUCGCGCAUCGGGCAGGAUAGCAAGCUGGAGAAGCCGAGUGCUAUUGGUCGGUUCGGGCUCGGUUUCAACUCAGUCUACCAUUUCACCGACGUCCCGGGGUUUGUUUCCGGGCAGAAUCUGGUGAUUUUUGACCCGCACGCAUCGAACCUGCCCGGAAUCACGCCCUCCCACCCGGGCCUGAAGAUCAGCUUCGUCGGCCGCGGCCUCCCGGACCAGUUCCCGGACCAGUUCCGCCCGUUCCUCCUGUUCGGGUGCGACCUGCAGUCCCCGUACCACGGCACUCUGUUCCGUUUUCCGCUUCGGUCCGAAGCUGCGGCGAGUCGGAGCGAGAUCAAGCACGAGCCGUGCUCUCCAGAGGACAUCCGGCAUCUGUUUAAAUCCUUCCAGCGCUCGGCGACAGAAGCGCUGCUGUUUCUGAGAAACGUGGGACGGAUUUCGGUUUUCGAGAGGAUAGAUGCCGGGAGUGAGCCGAAGCUGCUGUUUUGUGCACAGAGAGUAGUUGCUGGUGAGGGGGGGGCGUCAGGAAUGCCUUUUGUUUCAGCACUUCCGUCGCCAGGAAUGGGUCUGAGGGCCCUGGGGGAUUCGGCUGAUGGGGGCAGUUUGCAGCGAGCUAUUUUCGAUUUUGUUCGGGGCAGCCCGCAAAAUCCUCUGAAUAAGGACCAGUUUUACCACAAGCUGCAGCGGGCAGCUGAAGGGCAGCUGCCGAGGCAAUGCGGGCGGAUCUCGAUUUUAGUGACUGAUGGGACGGGACACGUGGCGGCUUCUGAUUGGCUCGUGUCGAAUGCGCUGGGCGGGGGGCGGGCGAGGGAGUGGGCUGUUGCAGUGGAGAACCGUCCGAGAGGGUUCUUGCCAUGGGCCGGCGUUGCUUGUCUUAUUCAGUGGGAAGAGGAGGGGAACACCGGGCUGUUGAAUCUGAUGGGAGUGGGGGAAGAAUCAGAGGAAAGCAGAGAAGGGAAAGAGGAGGGUGGUAACCCACAAGAAGAGAAGCGCGGAUCAGGUGGGCUAGGAGGCAGCUCCGAGGAUACAGGUAAGGAAAGAACGAGGCUGCAAGGAAGGGCCUUUUGCUUCCUGCCCCUGCCCGUGAAAACGAACCUCCCGGUGCACGUCAACGGCUACUUUGAGCUCUCCUCCAAUCGCCGAGACAUCUGGUUCGGCGACGACCUGGCAGGUGCGGGCAAGGUUCGGUCCGAGUGGAACCGGCGGCUCCUGGAGGACGUGGCAGCUCCGGCGUACGCUCGGAUGCUUGCCGAAGCUACCAAGCAGCUUGGGCACGGGCCUGCGUACCAUGCUCUCUGGCCUGGGGCAGGCGCAGGCUCGGGGUUGCGUUCGGGCGUGGAUUCUGGCUCGGGUGCGGCUCGGAGGCAGGUUCGGGGAGAGCUGGUGGAGCCUUGGGAAUCGCUGGCGAAUCGGGUGUAUGUGUGUGUGACUGAGCUCGAUCUGGGUGUUAUCUGGACAGGGGCAGCUGGGGGGAGGUGGAUUUCUCCAAAACGGGCAGUUUUUGCAGACACAGGCUACCCAAAAAUGGAAGAUCUCACAAAUAUUCUGGUCCGCGCAGGCCUUCCUUUGGCAGAUGCUCCGUACCCAGUGGUGGAAAGAUUUCGCUCGGCCUGCCCGCAGCUCAGGUUCCUGACUCCAGCGCUCCUCAGAAAGACUCUGAUUGGCUCGGGCAGGCAGAUUCUUUCGAGCUGCCCGGACGUGGGCCUGGCACUGAACUACUGCCUGAGUGACGUGGACGUGGAAGAAGCUGCUGAGAAGCUUCCAGGCCUCCCACUCAUUCCUCUGGCCAAUGGUACUGUAGGCGCGUUUUCCAGGAUUGACAGUGGCAGCAGCAGCGGCGGCGGCAGCAGGAGGGGUGGGUUGAUGAGUGGUGGUGUGAUGGGUGGGCGUUGGAGCGCUGGGAUGAUGAAACAGUGGGACUCACGAGCCAAGGCCACAGCCAGCAGCAGCAGGGGGGCCUUUGGAACAGCAGGCAGUGGCAGCAGCGGGGGUGCCGGCAGCUUUGGGGGAGGAGGGGCGGUGAGGCUGAUAGUGACUCGGAAUGAGGCGGAGUUUUCGCUGCUGCUGCCCAGUGCCGCCCACCUACUGGUGCACCGACAGCUGGCAGCAGAGCAGGGCGAGGCAUGGGGGAAGCUGCAGGCCAUGGCCGGGUGGUGGGAGGAGGGCGAGGGGGACAGGGAGGGGGGUGGUGCGGGGGGAAAUGCAGGUGGGGCUGGUGCUGAAGGGGGCAUGGACGUUGGAGAGGUGCUAGGGUUUCUGAACGAGACUCAGCAGCAGCAGCAGCAGCAGAGGCGUAGGGAAAGGGCGAAUGCAGGGGUGAAUCUGGCGGUGGUGUCUGUGCCUGUGCUGGCUGAGCUCAUGCCUCUGCUGCUGCCAGAGUCCUGGCGCGGUCAGGCGUUUGUUGCAUGGCGUGGUGGUGCGGGCGAGGGGGAGAGAUGGAGAGGGUCAAGGGGAGAGGGAGAAGGAGAGGGGGAGGGGGAGGGGGAGGGAGAGGGAGAGGGAGCAGGUGGGUUGCUGAUUCAGGCAGACAUGAGCGCUGCAGCAGCAGCAGGGGGAGCAGCAGGAGGAGGAGGAGGAGCAGCAGCAGCAGCAGCAGGAGGAGGAGGAGGAGGAGCACGAGGAUUCGGUCCUGAAGUGGAAGGGAUUGAGUUCUUGGAGUCCGAGGGACCGUCCCUGGAGUGGAUUCAGCAGUUCUGGAGCUACCUCUCCUCCUCCGCCUCCGCCUCUCCCACUACCACCGAUUCCCACAUCCCCACCACCGCCAUCACCACCUCCUCCUCGUCCUCCUCUCCCUCUCUUCCCUCUCCACCUCAUGCCAGCCUGUCGCUCAUCGCUGAUUGGCCACUCGUCCCAACCACCAAUGGGCAGCUGCGGCAGUUGCAGGCAGGGGGCCCGCUGCUGCGACCGGGGGGAGGGGACGGGUGGAGUGAGAACAUGCUGUGUGUCUUUGCACGCGUGGGCGUGUAUGUGGUGCGCAGCGAUGUGAAUCUGGAUCACCCGGGCUUGAGGGAGUAUCUUCACGAGGCCUCGGCUGCUGGGAUUCUCGACGCCAUUGCUGCUGCCGCCGCGAACCAUGCUGCUGCUGCUGCGGCUUCUGCCGCCGCCUCUUCUGCUGCUGCAGCGAAUAGACGAGCAGUGGGAGUAGGCCUGGCAUCGUCAGAUGUUAGAAGAGCAGGAGCAGGAGGAGGAGCAAGAGUAGGGGCGAGAGCAGGAGCAGGUUCAUAUGGGGUAGGUCUAGCUGUGUCAGUUGACCUUGCUGAGUCAGCAGCAGCCAACCCGUCAGCAGCCUCUGUUGCUGCAGCAGCAGCACUAGUGCCGCAUCUAGAUGCGCUCCUCUCGCUCUUCCAGGGAGCAACGGACGGGGAGAGGAGAGAGCUGCGCAGCAUCUUGUGCCAGUCCAAGUGGUUCCCCCCGACAGAUGGCCCUUCCGACUCAUCUGCUGCUGCUGCUGCUGGUACGGUUGUUGCACAUGCCUUUGGCCUGUCCAGAGGUCUCAAGCAUGUUUCAGAACCUGCCCCGUCGCAUCCAGGUGGCGUUCUCUCAGAGCGCCACAUCAGCAUGCUGCGAGCUCUGCCGAUCUUCGAGUCUUACGGCACCUGGUCGGCCCCUGAAACCCGGUCAGAUGCAGAUAAGAAACAGCAAGGGGGUGGUGCUGGCCUCUCCGCUGGCCCCUCCGCUGGCCUCUCCACUGGUCUCUCCGCUGGGCGUGUGUUUGUGGAUCUGCUCACAGCUCCCCGCUUCUUCGCCCCGCCAUCCAUCGACGAGUCGCUUCUCGACGCCUCAUUCGUCCGCGUCGACUCCGACAAGGACCACCGAAUCCUGCGCUGCCACCUGGCGGUCUCCCCGAUCUCCCGCACUGCGUUCUACCUCAACCACCUCUUUCCUCGCAUCCGUGCCGCUGCUGCCGCCGCCGCCACCACUGCUACUGCUGCUGCUGCUGCCACUGCCACUCCUGCUGCUGCUGGCGGUGGUGCCGCCGCCGCAGCAGCAAAGGCAACAGCAGCUGCAGCGGCAGCAAGGGGAGGGGUGAAGGGAUCAGCGGUGGUGCCGUUGAGUGGAGAGGCGGGGGUGGCAGCGAUGGUGGCAGUGGUGAGGGACCUGCCGCGGCUGGCAGAGGAGGACGAGCGGAUAGUGAAGGAGCUCAGCAGGCUGCCGUUCCUGCCCACUCCCUCCGGCCUGCUCAAGGCGCCCUGCAGGGAUCAGCAGGGACCUGCCGCGGGAUCAGAGGAGGAUGAGCGGGUGGUGAAGGAAUUCAGCAGGCUGCCAUUCCUGCCCACCCCCUCCAGCCUGCUCAAGGCGCCCUGCAGUCUCUACGACCCGCGGGUCGCUGAUCUCACAUCUCUCCUCCACGCUUCUCUCUUCUUCCCAGCACCGCCCUUCUCCUCCCCCGCCCUCCUCCCCACACUCCUCUCCCUCGGCCUCCGCACCACCAUCGACCGCCGCGCACUGCUCGCCUCUGCCCGGUCUAUCCAAGAGGCUUGCCGAGCAGGGGGCGAGGGACAGGGUGCAGCAGCAAGGCAGGGUGUGGCAGUAGGAAGGGGUGGUUCUGAUUUUGAUUGGUCAGCUAGUCAUCGCGGUGAGAUCUUGGCUCGAGCGCGUGCCUUGCUGGCACAUCUGGAUGCCCGCCAGGUGGCGGAAGAUCAGUGGAGGAGCCUUGGCGGAGGGAGGGCAGGGGCCGAGGAGGAGCAGGAGGGUCAGGAUGGGCUGGGAAGGAGGAGUGGUAGUGGUGGUGGUGGUGGGUUUGAUGAUGGGUUUCUGGAAGGUGGUGGUGAUUGGUCGAGAUUGGGUGCGCUGGGUGGCUUUGCCGCCCAGGGAUUCAGUGGAGAGGAUGGGUAUGCGGCUGUGGUGGGGAGGCAUAGGGGGAGCGAGGCAGAGUGGGGUGUGGGUGCUGGUGGUAGCAUUGCUACUAGUACUGCCGGCAGCAGCAGCACCAGCAGCAGUGGCGGUGGUGGCAGGAGCAGUAGCAGCAGUGGCGGCCGCAUUGGUGAAGUUGUGGAGGAGGAUAUUCCCGAGGAUGCUUUUUGGGAGGAGCUGAAGGGGAUCUCGUGGUGUCCUGUGCUGCAGAGACCACCGGAUUCCGCCCUUGCUACUCCCGGCAGUGGCGGCGGUGGUGUUGUGGACGACGUGUGGGUGGUGGGCGGCAGCAUGUGCAUUCUGGGCGGCGAGGUGCGGUCGGACAGCCUGGCGCGCAAGCUGGGGUGGCGGGACCCCCCGCCUGUGGAGGCUCUGGUGUCUCAGUUGCUUGCUCUGGCUGCUUUGCAUGGGUGUGCUGUGGCUGAGAGGAGGGGGCGGGAGGAGAGAGGGGAUAGGAGCGGGGAGAGGAGGAGGGAGAAGCGAGGGCACAUGGGCUCUCCGUCCUUUUCUGCCGCCCGGACGUCCUUCCAAUCAGUGGCCUGCAUUUGGGUCGGCGACACAUUCAUCGCACCUUCCUCCCUCGCCUUUGACUCGCCCACCCACUUCCACCCCUACCUCCAUGUCGUGCCGACAGAAGCCGCCCGCUUCCGCACCCUGCUGACGUCGCUAGGCGUCAGAGAGACAUUCAAGGUGGGGGAUUACGCCCAGGCGCUAGCCCACCUGAAAAGAGACCUGGAGUGGCGAGACCUGAGGCUUGGGGGAGGCUCGGGAGAGGUUCGGGGAGCUGGAGGAGCAAGAGGAGGUUCGGGGGGAGGGGGAGCAGGAGGAGGGGAAGGAGGGGGAGGCAGAUCUGGGGCUUUAUCUCCAGACCAGUUCUCGUUUGUGUUGAGGGUUUUGGAGGCUAUAGUGGAUGCCCUACCGCCAAGUGGCGAGCCGCCAUUGGCCGGCACGGUCCUGGUACCUGAGGCUUCAGGAGGGCUGGUGGCGGCUCGGGAGCUGAUUUUCAACGAUGCUGCGUGGCUCGGUAAAGCAACGGUGGACGGGCGGAGUCGCUUUGUGCAUCCCGACGUGCCCCACGCCAUAGCGGAGCGCCUUGGCUCGCGCUCCCUGCGAGGGCUGUCGCUGGACGGCCCCUCUGCUGCCACCUCGCUGCCUUGCCUCCCAGGUGAGUCUCGUGCUCCAACUCCUGCACAGCUGACGAAUCGAGGUGGGUACUCUGUGCACAACACACACGUGCCUCACGCUGUAGCGGAGCGCCGCCUAGGCUCGCGGCAGGUGCUCUGUGCCCCACGCCCUGCCAGCACCGUGGCGUGCCUUGUCUCGCCCUCCGUCCAGCACGCGUUGUUGCUGGACGGCCCUUCUGCCGCCACCUCGCUUCCGUGCCUGCCAGCGGUGGUGAUAUCGGAGCUGCUAGAAGGCUGGGCAGCGGACGCGCACCUCCUCCUCUUUGAUCUGCUGGAGGUGGCGGAUGCAUGUGGUGCCCGGGGAGUGGAGUUUGUGUGGGACCAGCGGCACCACCCGGAGAUCUCCCUUCUGCAACCCAACCUGGGUCAACUCCAGAGUGGUGCCCCUCACUCACCGUUCCCUUCCACGGAGCUCAGCUCACAUCAGAACACAUCUCCCACCCGUACAUGCACGCCUCUCCUCGCCCACUCUUCCAUUCCCUGCUCUCUUGCUCCGUCCCCUUCCAUUCCCCCUCACCCACAUCUGCAGGGUCCUUCUUUCACCAUCCUUUUCCACGGAGCCCAGCUCACCUCAGAGGACAUUUGCCAUCUGCACACGCCUCCCCCCAUCCGUCUCCGCGACGCCACGUGUCGCUACGGCACUGGUCUGCUGGGCGCAUACCACCUCUCCGACCUCCCCCUCAUAGUCUCAGGAAGCUUCCUCUACGCCUUCGACCCCUCGGGUCAUCAUCUUUUCUCUGGUUCGGCUGGUGGUGCUGCUGGUGCUGGUGGUAGUAGUGGUGGCUUGUCUGGUGCUCGUGGCUCAUUAGGGUCACCUGGUGGAUCGAGGAGGAGAGGAGGAGGGGGGAACGACAUGGCUGCUCCUGUUGCUCGAGCCUUUUCCCUCAAAGGUGGUCAGUGUUGCCCAGUUCCUAUCGAAUCAACAUUUCUUCCGUUACCCACUUCUGUUGCCCCCCUCGCUCAUCCAGGCUCAGGCUCCUCAAGCUUCAUCAAUCGAUUCCCUGACCAGUUCCGGCCCCUCACCUUCGCCCCUUCCUCCUCCUCCUCCUCUCACUCUUCUCACUCCUCUCACUCCUCUCACUCUUCCCACUCCUCUCACACCUCCACCACCGCCACCUCUUUCUGGGACGAAAACACGGUACUGCGCUUGCCCCUUCGCACGCAGCAGCAGGCAGACUCUAGUCCAAUCAGGAGAGGCCACGUGGCAGGGCCGUGGGAUAUUGUUCUGAUGGCGCAGCUGCUGCAGCAGCACGGGGCGGCGUCGCUUGCCUUUUUAAACUCUGUGGAGACGGUGUCGUUCUCUGUGUGGCCGGCUGACGCUGUCCAACCAGAAGAGUUUUUCCAUGCCCAGGUCCGAGCAGGCAUGGGGUCACUGAGAGCGCCCUUUCAGGACCGCAAGGUUUGCAAGCAAGGCUUCCUCUCCAUCCUCUUCGCCCGAGCGGGCAUGGGCUCUCUCAGGGCGCCCUUUCAGGACCGCAAGGUCCGAGCAGGCAUGGGGUCACUCAGAGCGCCCUUUCAGGACCGCAAGGUGCGGAAGCAAGGCUUCCUCUCCAGCCUCUUCGCCCCGGGAGGUGGGGGCAGCAGUGGCACCAGCAGCAGCAGCAGCGGCGGCAGCCUGAAAGCGUUCACUCUUGACGUUCUCACCAAGUCGCAGUCCCUUGCCCCACUGCUGCCGCUGCUGGGGGGUAGUGGUGGAGGGGAGGGAGGAGAGGGUGUGGAAGGAGAUGAGGGGCUGGGGCGUGGGGAGGGUGGAAGGGAAGGAGAAGGGGAGCAGAGGCUGGAGAAAGGGAAAGGGACAGAGGACGUGGGAGGGGAGAAGGGGACACUGCAGAAGCAGCAGCAGGAAGAGGAAAGGAGGAGUGGAGAGAGGUUGGGGAAGGUUGCGGGCCACGCGGGAGGUGGUGGAAAGAAGGCUGGAGUCUCUGACGUGGCGAUUGAUCGUUGGCUUGUGGUGCAGACGUUUGGAGCUGGGAGUUCCCUGGAUAUGGCAAGAAGCAAGAGGUAUCUCUCCUUCAACCUCUCACCAGUGGCCGGCGCCGCCACCCGAAUCCUCCGGAACGGCGAGAUCAUCCCCUUCGCCACCAUCCACCCCUUUGCCCCACAACCAGAAGCAUUACCACCCCUCUCAACCGUCUCCUCUUCCUCCUCCAACCUCUCCGCCCUCCGCCCGCUCCUCCCGCCCUCGGUUGUUCUCGCGCCGCUGCCCGUGCCUCUCAACCUGCCCUUCCCAGUGGCUCUUUUCGGCCACUUCCUCCUCCUCCGCAACCCCGGAUCCCCUCGCUCCCUCUUCCUCCCUUCCCCCUCUUCCUCUCCCGCGUCCUCCUCCCUCUCCUCCACUCCUUUGCCGCCGUCUGCUGACGUGGCACCGGACGCCACGUCAGCAGCUGCCACGUCACCGAUGGACGCGCUGAUGCAGGCGUGGAACGAGGAGCUGCUGACAGGUGUCCGCGAGGCGUACAUCGGCCUCCUGCUGGAGAUGCAGCGGAUCAGAAUCGGCGAAUCACGGCUCGUAUCGGGCAUAUCUGGCCCUGCUUUCCCUGAGAAUGAGCCGAAAAGACAGCCAAUAGCAGCAGCAGGCGCUGCUACAACAGGCGAUGAGGUGGCGCUGCGUGAUUGGAUGGUGCGGCCGAUGUACGUCCGGCUGGCAGAGCUGCCCGUGUGGCAGCUCCACAGUGGAGCAGCCGUGCAAGUCAGCCAAGGAAUGUUCCUCGUCCCGCCCCCGGGAUCUUCAACCACCCUGUCUAUAAGCACCCCUUCGACCAGCACUCCUGCCAGCAGCAGCUCCGUUAUAAGCACAUUAAGCACAUCUGCUAAUAGUGGAGCGCCGCCAGAAGCGGUGUGUGAGUUUCUGCGGGCGCACUACCGCGUGUUCAGCGUGCCGUGGGACCUGGUGGGGGAGCUGCAUGCGGCCGGCGUGGCCACUCAGGCGCUGACACCUGGCAUGCUGCGGUCCCUGCUGCGCGGGCCGAAUGCCACCACGAGCUCUGUCCCCGUGACGACACAGGUCGAUUUGCUGGAGUAUUGCUGUGCCGACAUUCAACUGCCCGACCCGGCCUCUUAUCCCGUGCUGCCACCUGGCAGCUCAUCAUCUGCCAGCCAGGCUGGCAGCGCUGCCACGUCAGCCGCACCACGUGGCGCUGCAGGAGCGUUUAGCAUGAUUCCACUGCCCAGAGAGGGCUAUGGGCAUGGUGGGCAAGGGCAAGGGGAUGGCAUGCGCAGUGAUGCAGAUGCCCUGGCGGAUCUUAUGGCUCAGUUCGGCCGCUCCGUGUUCGAUUUCGGGCAGAAUGUUCUCGACGAGCUUGAUGCUGCCCGGGCAGGUGCGACGGGCAGCGAACAAAUAAACUCGGGAGAAGGAAGGGGAAGAGGGGGAGGAGGGAGAGGAGGAGGUGGGGGAGGAGGGGAGGGAGAGGAGAGGCCUGCACUGACAGAGGAGGAAAGGGAGAGACUUGCAGCAGAGGAAGCUUUCAGGAAGGCAGCAGAAACCAAGGUUGCAGAAAUGAAGGGCGUUCCCAUACCUACUGGUACGGUGUCCGACCCUGCGUUCCGAGCCUUCCAAUCCGAGCCUCAGAGGCACGGUGGGGCCGGCGGGGGUCUGGCUAGGCUCGGGAAAGACCUCCUCAUAGUCGCCACAUGGGACCAGCAGCGGCUGUUGCCGAACCUAGCGCACAGGUUCGUUCACCGAACCUGCCUGGCUCGCCAGCUUCUGAAAGCCCUCUUCCUGCACCCGAGGUUCUGCGAGCUGCUGACGAUGCAGCCAUUCACGUUGCGCCACCUGGCAGACGGGCUGGCUACAGUGUUUUCUCGGCAGCAGAGGGCGGAGGCGGAAGGAGAGAUGCUGAUUGUGUGGGGCGAGGGAGAGGGGGCGGAUGUGUGUGGGGAGGAGGAGGGAGAGCAGGGAGAGAACCAACAGCAGCAGCAGCCACAGCAGCAGCAGCAGCAGCAGCAGCAGGAAGCAAAUCGUCCAGUCACUGCCACCACAGCCAUUGCAAGCAGCAGCAGUCUGCAGCAGAGCACCUCUAGGGACUCGCCCUUGGGCCCUCUCUCUCCUGCCUGGCUCAGGGCCUUCUGGGCUCUGCUGAAACGCUCCUCCCUUUCUACGGCAACUGCUACCCAGGCACUUGGCAGCAGCAUAGGGCAGCAGGAGUGGGUGGAGAUCUUUGAAUCAUGGCCGUUGAUUCCCGCCGUGACACGUGGCGGCAGUGUACUAGUCAAGGUUGCUUUCCGGGCAGCUGUUUUCGUCCCUCCAGAUGCAGGUGCGGCUCCUGCCGAGCCUCCUGCUCAGCCUCCUGCCGAGCCUCCUGCUGAGCCUCCUGCCGUGCCACCUGCCGAGCCUGCAGUGCCUGUGUCAGGAUUAGGAACUAGUGGGGAAGGUAGUUCAGGGGGAGGUGGCAUUCAGGGCUGGGAAUCUGCUGCAGUGGCAGCUGUAGGGUGGGCUGAUUUUGGAGAUUCAGCUACUGCUGGCACCUCUGCUGCCUCUGAUGUAUCUUCUCCUGUUGAGAGCUCUGAAGCUGGAGCAGCCAAUGACAGGCUGCCACGUGGCACCACAGCAGAGUCUGAAACCAGAGGGACCACUACUCAGUACUCGCAGAAGCACCUGAGCUCUGAGGUUCGGCGGCUGCUGUGGAGAUUCGGAGCGCUGGACCGGGACCACCCGUGGCUGCUCCCGGUCCUGCGGGACAGGCUCGGCAUCCCGAUCUUCGACCGGAGGUUCGUCGCUUGCUCCGAAGCACUCCGGUGCUGCGAGGAGGCUCGGAUAGGAGGCUCGGACAACACCCAUCACACCCAGCAGCAGCAGCAGCCGCAGCUGUCUCUGCAGCAGCUGGUGCUGGCUCGGCUGCUAGCAGUUAAAUCAUUUGAUCAACUUCCUCCCCCUGCUGCUCUCGCUCUAGCUCUCUCUCCUCAGGACUGUGACCACUUAGUCUCGUUCUUCGCCUCUCACGUCCGCUCGCCCUCCUCCUUUCUCCAGUCCCUCGCCAGCACCAUCUCCUCUUCUUCCUCCUCUCCCUCGCCCUACACCCCUCAAGAGCUCGCGCUUAUCCGCUUGCUCCCAAUCUUCAAAACCACCCUCGGGAAUUUCACAGCCAUUGACCCUGACUUGCACUGCGUCGCGCCACCUGUCGCAUUCUACCAACCAAAAGAUGCCACGUGUCUGCAGGACAGGGAUUCUCCCGGGGAGAAAGCCCUGCUGAGCUGUCUCGGCGUGAGGGUCAUCGACGAGGCGGAUGUUCUCGCGAAAUUUGCGCUGCCCGGAUUUGACGGGCAGGGCGAGGAGGAGAGGGAGAGGGUGCUGCAAUACGUGGUGCAGCAUUGGCAGCAGCUGAAGCAGAAGCCAGCCGUUGUGGACGCGCUGAAAGAGACAAAGUUUGUGAUACCAGCGCCGCCCGCCGCCGAUGCUGCCUCUCUCUUCCCUCCUCCUGAUUCCUUCCCUGCAAUCGCUCUCUCUGUUGCCGCUGCCACCUCAGCACCUCUCACCACCUCCUCCUCCCCCCACCCUUCCCACCCUCUCGACUCUUUCCCCUCCGCUUCAAUUUCUUCUGCCCGAGUUCGCCCGUGUGAUCUCCUCGACCCAGCCAACGACCUCCUCCGGCAAGUUUUCGUGCACUGCCCAGAAAGGUUCCCGGGCGGGCAGUUUGAAACUUCGCGGUGGCUGCCCGUGCUGCGGGACUGUGGCCUCCAAUCCGCCUUCACUCCUGACCUCUUCCUCCAAUGCGCUUCCGCCGUGGAAGCGCGGUACGUCUCCUUCCUGGAAUCUUCCUCUGCUGCUGCAGCAGCAGCUGCUGCAAACACUGCUGGUGGCGCAGCCGGUGUUGCUGCUGCUGGUGGCAACUCUGCAUCGGAUUCGUUUCUGCUGUUUGGGGGAGAGGACCCCUCUCAGGAGAGCGACACAGGGGACUUUGAGAAUGUGGAUUUGUUUUCGGGAGGCCGCACCACCGGUGGCAGCAGCAGCAGUGGUGGCCUGUCGAUUGCUGCUGGAGCAGCAACAGGAGGAGGGGGGGUGGUGGGAGGGGGCCCAGUGGUGGGGGUGGAGGAGGAGCUGUGGGUGGUGGCAGGGCGGCUGACAGAGGCGCUGCUUGCAAAUGUGGCGGUGGUGUUUGGCAGCAGUGCCAUGGAGUCACUGGGGCAGAUCAGUGGUGGUGGGGGUGGAGGUCCUGUGGGUGGUGGUGGGGGUGGAGGUCCUGUGGGUGGUGGUGGGGGUGGAGGUCCUGUGGGUGGUGGUGGGGGUGGAGGUCCUGUGGGUGGUGGUGGGGGUGGAGGUCCUGUGGGUGGUGGUGGGGGUGGAGGUCCUGUGGGUGGUGGUGGGGGUGGAGGUCCUGUGGGUGGUGGUGGGGGUGGAGGUCCUGUGGGUGGUGGUGGGGCCGCUGACAAAACCGCUGCUUGCCAUUGUGGCCGUGGUGUUUGGGAGCAGCGCUAUGGAGUCGCUGGGGCAGAUCAGGCGCGUUGGCGUUGGUUCAUUCCAGCAGAGUGGGAUAUGCCAGCAAGCUGGGCGGCAGUGGACAGGCAUAGUCUCACCAGCUUCUUUCUGUGCUACCCUCUCCUUCCCACACUUGCACUCCCAUUACCCCACUUUCCUCUCCUUUCCUCCCCCCCUCUCCCUUCCGCCACCCCCCAUCUCAGGUUCAUCCCAGCAGAGCGAGGAAUACCUACAGGCGGGGCAGCGGUGGACCGGCGAUUUAGGCAGAGCGGGGAAUACCGACAGGGGGGGCAGCAGGGGAUAGGCAUAGCCUUACCAGGUACUCUUGCUGUGAUUGCUACCCUCUCCGUCCCGCACUCGCACUCCCAUUACCCCACUUGCCCCACUUCUCCCCCUUCCCGACUUUCUCCUCCCCCCUGCUCUCUCCCACCUCAGGUUCAUCCCAGCAGAGCGCGGAAUACCGACAGGCGGGGCAGCGGUGGACCGGCGGUGCCUCGCCAGCUAUGCUGCCUGCUGUUUGCGGAAUGCCGAAAGAGCUCCCUCCUCUUGCCGCACUUCAACCCCUCUUCCCCACCCACCACCAGGUUCAUUCCAGCAGAGCGGGGAAUACCAACAGGCGGGGCAGCGGUGGAUAGGUGGUGCCUCGCCAGCUAUGCUGCCUGCGUGGCGCCGUCUGAUUGGCCGCUCGCGUGGACGGCGGUGCCUGUGCUGGUGAGGGAGGCGUUUGUGCCGCCGCAGUUCACGUGGCUGAAGCUCAGCCUCAAGUCCCCGCCGCCUCUCUCCCUCGUUCUCACUCACCUCAAGGUCUUGGGUCGAGGGGGGGGAGAGGAGACCCUCGCCCGUUGGCCAAACAUCGUAGGAGGCAAGUCAGUGGAAGAAGCGUUUGAGCAGAUUUUCAAGUUCCUCGCCUCCCAUUGGUCCUCCCUCGACCCGCCCGACAUCCGCUCCUUAAAGCCCGUCUCGCUUGUCCCCGUCGCCAACGGCACCCGCCUCGUCCCAGCCUCGGCGCUCUUUGCCAGGCUCGGCCCGGACCUCGCGCCGUACCUGUUCGAGCUGCCUCGGCGGUUCCUGCCAUUCUCCCAGCUGCUGGUGGACCUUGGGAUGCACGACUCCCCCUCGCCCUCUGCCCUCUCCUCCUUCCUCUCUGCCUUGCACCGCUCUUCCGGAGGGCAGAGGCUCAACCCGAACGAGCUACGAGCUGUGCUCAGAAUCUUGAGACUCGUGUGUGAGGGAGAGGAGGAGAAUGGGGGAGGUGGAGGAAGAGGAGGAGCAGCAGGAACGCUGCCUUGUCGCUCUGCAGCGCUCUCUCCUCUCCUGGCUCACGCCGUGGUUCCGGACGAUUCGUGCCGGCUCGUCCCGGCCCAUUCCUGUGUGGUGGUAGACCCAGCUGCCGUUUUCCUAGCCAAUGAAAUCGACCCACGCUGCCUUCGUCUCGUGCACCCGCUCCUGCCGCCGAGCCACGCGGCCAGGCUCGGCAUCCCGAGCCUGUCGCAGGUGGUCGAGCAGGAGCUGGAUCCGAACCUGCUGAUGCAGCAGGUUGGCUCGGUCGGGGCAGCAUCUGCUACAGUAGCGUCUCUCCCGCACGUACUAUCUGCCGCCCUCAGCCAAUUCCUGGGCUCUCCCGUAUGCUUGCCUCUUGCCGCCCUGCUUGACUGCCCACCGAGCCUCCAACCGGGCCUCCGCCGAGCCUUGGCGCUCGGUUCUCCAGCAGCCCUGGUUUCUGCCACCUCUGGCAGCUCUAGAUCAGGUUCGGAAGCCGAAGGCGAAGAGGAGGGGCGUUUGGGUGCAGAACUAGCAACCUCAGGCUCGGAAGGGCAGGCUCGGAUGCCAAGCCUGUGGCAGCAGCGGGUGGCGGCGGAAAGGGGAGGCAUGCCUGGGGAGGUUGUAGCAGCUGCUGACGUGGCACUGCUACAGUGCCACCCACUGAGGCCGUUCCACGCAGGGGAGGUUGUAGCGUGGAGAGAGGAGCGAGGGGGAGGAGGCGGGGGGUUGCUAGCAGGCAAAUGGUUUGGGCAGGGGCAGGGGGCAGGAGGAGGAGGGGGAAGCAGUAGAGCAGCAGGGAGCACACUCGAUCCUGCCUCAUCCUCGCCCGCAGCACCCGCAUCCACGCUGCGCUAUGGCCGCGUGGUGGCGGAUGUGAGGGCGACAGCAGGCCAGGCGCUGUGCCGCGUGCAGGUGGAGACCUUCCCCAACGAGAUGCGCCUGCUGCUCUCCUCCUCCAUCCUCUCCUUCAAAUCCUCCACCUCCUCCUCUGCCUCUGCUGCAGCUGCUGCAGCAACGGCAGGGGCAGCAGGGGAAGAUGCAGCUCCCCCUGCCGCUGUUGCUGCCUCUCCAGGCUCGUUGGCUCUUCCUCCCACUUCUCUUGGUGAAGCUGCCAGCUCAGCAGCGACGUCGCCGCCAGCUGGCGCCAUGUCAGCGCCGUCGGUGGUCCCGCCUGGCGAGGUGGUGCGGGCUGUGAACGACAUGCUGGCGGCGGCAGGGAUCCCGCUGGGCGGCGGGCAGCAGCGGCUGCUGACUCAGCUGCUGACGAUGCAGGAACAGGUGGCGGCGGUGGAGGCCACGCUGGCACAUGAACAGGCACGGGCCGAGCAGGCGGAGAAGGAAGCGGAGUCGGCCAAGGCGGCCUGGACGUGCCGCAUCUGCCUCGCUGCUGACGUCAGCGCGGUGCUGGUGCCAUGCGGGCACGUGCUGUGCGCCAGCUGUAUUGCCAGCGUGCACCGCUGCCCCUUCUGCCGCUCCCACGUGGUGCAGACAGUGCGCCUCUUCAGACCAUAG